CGGCCACCCCACGAAUCGCGCACCAUUCCUCGCUCACCACCAUCGCACCGCACGCCCUCGCCUCCGACAGCGACCGCGCAACCGCGUCGUCCCCCGGUUCCUCUCCUCCGCAGCCGGCAGCCGCCAAGACAGCCGGGAAGACCCACCAGAGCAAAGCUAGCGCUCCACGGAGGCGACGAUGACGACGAGCUCAGCCAACUCCGCGGCGUCCCCGGCCGUGUCCGGCCUCGACUACGACGAGACUGCGCUCACCCUCGCCCUCCCGGGCUCCUCCUCCGACCCCGCCGCCGCCGCCGACCGCAAGCGCGCCCACGCCGACCACGACAAGCCGCCCUCCCCAAAGGCGCGGGCGGUGGGGUGGCCGCCGGUGCGCGCGUACCGGCGCAACGCGCUGCGCGACGAGGCCAAGCUCGUCAAGGUGGCCGUCGACGGCGCGCCGUACCUGCGCAAGGUGGACCUGGCGGCGCACGACGGGUACGAGGGCCUGCUCCGCGCGCUGCACGGCAUGUUCGCCUCAUGCCUCGGCGCCAAUGGGGCCGGGAGGCUCGUGGACGCCGCUACCGGUGCCGAGUACGUGCCCACCUACGAGGACAAGGACGGCGACUGGAUGCUCGUCGGAGACGUCCCCUUCAAGAUGUUCGUGGACUCGUGCAAGCGGAUCCGUCUCAUGAAGAGCUCCGAGGCUGUCAACCUAUCUCCAAGGACAUCAUCCCAAUGAUUGUUGUCGUCGACGCAUAUGCGCUACGCUGCGGCGGUUAAUUUGUCUGAAUUUGUUCACAACAACGCGCGCAAUGGAAGAGGCUUGGCUGCUCAGGUCCUCCAUGCGCCUAAUACACCGUAGGAUCAGAGUUCAGUCUGUUGCUGUGUUCUGUACAGGCCACACACCACCCAUGGGAACUUCUCUCAGUUCCAAGUGCCCCUUCUCUCGGCCGGACGGUUUGGUUUUUGGACGCCGGCGAGAAGCGCCACUUUGUCAGCUAGAUUAUUAGGCCGGCUUUUUCAGUUUCUUUCAGACUUGGUUUUCCAUGUCAGUCUUUGUUUGCCCUCGGUCAUCUUGUCUCGAGGGGUGUUGAUGUAUACAAGAAUAUGGUACAUGCUGCGUGCUGUUUCCAUUGUAAGGUCAAAGAAUACAACUGUCACUGUUCUUGCAACUUCGGUAGUCUGAUCUACUAACCCAUCGUUUCCUGA